AUGAGGGAGCGGAGCACCAGACAGGUGUACUGCGUCGCCUGUGACUUGCCGGUCGGGGCGCCCUCCACCCCACCGGCGCCCACCGCACAGGCGGACGGCCCCGCCGCGGCGGCGGCGCCGGGCGGCCGGCGCGAGGCGACGGAGGGCUCGGAGCUGCAGGAGAGCGCAGCGGCGGCAGCGGCGGAGGCGGCGGCAGCGGCCGGCGCGGAGGCGGUUGACCGGCAGCAGCCCGCGCGCGUCGCUGCCGCCGCACCCGCGCCGGCGACCCCAGCGGCCGCGGCUGCCGUGGAGGCGCCCGCGGCCGGCCCCGGGGCGCUCUCGCCGACUGGCAUGCCGCUGUCUCUUGAGGCCGCCCUGUCCGGCGCGCAGGCGGCGCUGGCGUCCAAGGUCCGCGAGAUCAGCGCCCUGAUCUCCGCCACCCCCGCGUCCGAGGUUGAGGCGCUGACGUCAUACACCCGCCUGCUGGCGGAGCUGCUUGGCGUGCUGCGGCUGGCGCGGGAGGGGGCGGGGCGGUAG